CUCUCUCUGUCUCUCUCUCUCUCUCUCUCUCUCUCUCUCUCUACAGUUUGUAAUCAUGAAAGACACCAAGAAGAAGACUCCAUGCAGCAAAAAGCUUGGAGGAUAUUUGAAAGAGCAAAAGGGAAGGCUUUACAUCAUCAGAAGAUGUGUGGUCAUGCUCAUUUGUUGGGAUGACUAAAUACUUGCGGCUCCUCUACAUAUACACAUCAGUACUAGACAGCAUCUUGUGCACACAAUUUAUAUCUAUAUAUUGUACUACAACAGUUUGAUUUGAAGAAAAAGAGUCGGAUCUUUUGUGGCUAUAUGCGAUGUGAGAGGAGUUCAUGAGCUGGAGAUAUAACGGUUUCAAAGCAUUCAUGAAUGACGACAUAUCCUGAUGUCUCCGAGGUUUUUGUCGAAUAUGGGUUUAGAUAAUAGUUAGAUCAUCUUCUUUGAUGUUAGUGUAUGAUAUAAAGUAAGGAGAGAAAAGUAUGACCAUAGUUUGUAAAGGCAUAUAGAGUAAUUGUUAGGGAACUUUCGUUUUCUCCGCUAACUCUCUUCCAAG